GCAGAUAUUAUCAUAACUCCACUAAAACCAGUUCUUUCCGAAAAAUCAGUUCAGUAUUUACGCAAUCAUAUAGAAAUAAAAACAAAUGAUCGGCAUACAAUUUUAAAAACAGAGGAGGUUCCUAUACAAAUUCUGAGUAUCAUUCAUGACUGGCUUGUCAGAGCACUUUCGGCCAAUAAAGAAGAAUUUAAAACCGCUAUUAUGACUCCACUCAAAUCCGAUGAAUCUAAAGAUUUGCAUCAUUUUCGACUUAUCCAAGUAAACAGUAUUAAAGAAAUGCAGAAGGCAUUUCCGAAUUUUGAUUUAAUUAUUAACAAAGCCGACGGUAUUGGCAUCAAGGUCUCAAGUAAUCAUGCAGUAAUGUUUAUUGAGGUAUCCGAUGGCCCUAGUGAUCCUGAUAAGAAACAUAUAAAAGAUGAUGCAGAAAAACUUUUAAAAGAAGCAACAUUCGGAUUAGUUUCAAUACUUAGGAAUUAUUUAGAUAAAUCUGCUGAAAUAGCAAAGAACAUAAAAGAUGGACUUGAAAAUCAAACUAAAGAGCUACACAAACUAAGAUUAUCCCCUAAUAAUUGUGUACCUAAAGUUAGAGACUGGCUUUGGGUUCUGGACACAAAGGCAACAUAG